AUGCCUGUUAAGCUACGAAACAGAGUAAAGAAAGAACUUGAUCUACCUGCAGAAGAGCAGCCAAGUCCUGUUUCAAGACGUGGUAAAAGGAAACGUAGAAAUGGGAAUGAUGAUGACGAUGACGCUGAUAAGGAAUUGGAUACUUAUGGACAAAAUUCAACUACUAUAAAAAACAAUGUAACAGGUAGACCAUUUGAACUUGUUUCUGAUUUACCUGCCAGUACAGAAAUACCUCAAUAUAAUUCAGCUCUUGUCCAUCCUUUAUCAGUUAAGAAUUCUGGGGUUCUUUAUAAUUCAUUGAUUACUUCUAGGAACACUUGGACUCAUGGUGAAAUGUUUGAAGUAUAUUGGACAAAACCAAUCAAAACUACAAAAGAUGAUGGAACUAAUAUUAAAGAAGAUGAUACGAAUAAUUUUAUGAUAAGGGAGAGAAUGCAAAAAAUGUGUGAUUGUAGAAUGAUUGCUGGGCCUCAUACUUUCCCUGCUAGAUUGUUCAUUUUGAAAAACGAACAAGCAGAAAUAAAAUGGCAAGAAGAACAGGAUCUAAAGAAAAAAAUGAAAGAGGAUAAGAAGAAGAAUGAUGCUGAGGAAAAGAAGAAGAGGAUGGAAGAAAGAAAGCAGAAACAGCUAAUAAGGAAGCAAGAGAAAGAGAAAAAGGCCCAAUUGCAAAAAGAGAUGAAAUUAAAAGUUAAAGCAGAACAAGAAAUGCUAAAAUUGAAGAAGAAAGAAGAACAAAAAAGAAUUAAAGAAGAACAGAAGAAGCUGAAGAAGGCAGCACUUGCUAAUAAGGUAGUAAAACCAGCUGCAACUUCGACAACAACAAAAAAAGCACCUACGCCAGCAAAGAAUACAGUGAAUGACCCUAAAAUGAUUGCAAACUUAAAUUUAAUGGCCCAAAGAAACCCAAAAUUAAACAAUCUUAUGAGCAAGGUAGCAAAGGGUGAAGCUACAUUGGAGCAAGUUGAAAAGUUUAAAUUCUAUAUCGAAGUAGCAAGAAAUAUGCCUGCUCCUCCUGGGUGGAAACCGCCAACUGUUAAAACUCCAAAACCUCAGUUAACUACAGAAACAAAAUCAAAGCCAAGUACUUCAAAAUCUGAUACUUCAAAGGAAGCUGUGGAGUCUCCGAAAGGUUCAGAGAUGAAAUUGGAUUCAAAAGAUUCGAAGCAAGCCAAUGCAAAGGAUGUUAAAUCUGAUGAAAAUGAAGUAUCUGUAUCAGAUGAAAAAGCUAUGUCUAACUUAGAUGAAAAGAAUGGUUUGGAUACUAAGGCAAAACCUAAUCCAGAGACUCAGACUUCAAAUCCGGAUUCAAAGACUGAAAAUAAUAACGACUCAAAAACUUCUGCUGAAGAAGUAGUAAAUAAAAAUGGCACCAAAAAUAGUGGUGACAAUUCUAAAGAAGAAGAAAAUGGAACUGCUAUACCUGAAAAGGAUAAUAUGACAGUUCCUAAGGAGGAUGACAAUCAAGAAGUUUUAACAUCAAGAAAUGAAGAAAAAUUUAUAGAUAAUGAAGAGGACUUGUCUGAGAACGACGAGGAUUCCCCAGAUAGUAAAGAAAGCACGGCAGAUAUCAAAGAAGAAAAUAAGGAUAUUUCUGAGAUUACAGAAUCAAGAACUGAGAAGAAAUCUGAUAAACCUAAAAGAAAAGGGCGCAAAAGUAAAGACCCAGAAGUUGAGGCUGAAGAAAAGGAGAUGCAGCUAACGGCAUUUCAACUAAAAUAUGUUGAUGAUUCUGAGCUAGUACUUGAAUACCAAGAAUAUACUAAUUCAAGAUAUAGAUUACCAAGGGAAGCCAUUAUAGAAUUGGUAGAGGGUGAAGAAAAUGAAUUCAUAUUGUCAUGGAUUUUGGUACAUAAUAGCAAAGAAAUCAAUAGGUAUAAAAAUAGAAGAAUAAAAGAUCUACUAAAAGGAGUUAGAGAUGAAGAAAAGAAGAAAACUAUCAUUGACCAAUAUAAUGUAUACGAAGAGAGAGGUUGUCCGACUCCUUUGUACACACCUAUGACCAUUACAUUAAAGGAUAUCCACAAGAAAUAUACACCAAUUGUAAUGAAUAGUGUAGAUUCCUUGGAAAAAGUUCAAAAUAUAAUGAAAAGUAUUUUAGAAACUGGGACGAGGUUAACUGGGUAUAAUUUAUGGUAUCAGCUGGAUGGUUAUGAAGACAAAGAUUUGGCUGAGAAUAUUAGGUAUGAAUUGGUGGAAUAUGAGGCAGGAUUGAGCAGUAAAAGGCAUAGGAGACAGUAA